AUGGCGGUCGCAAGCAGCUCUCGCCGCAUCGCGGUGCAGCAUUCGCGCGGCCUUCGUGUCCCUUCAAGCAGCUCACUGGCAGCACAGAGCGCCGUUACCACCAAAGCAAGACCGUUGCGUACUUCACUCGACCCGCAUCGUUCAACAAUCUCAGGAUUCCUUCACUCUCUCAAUGUCGUUCGCUAUGCUAGCUCCUCCUCAUCCCCCAAACGCCCUCAGAACGAAGACGCCAACAACUCAAAAGACGAAUUCUCACGGCACCGCUCUCAGUACAACUACGAUCCGUUCACCCUCCAUCCUGAAGCGAAACAUUACACCUACCCGCUCGUGACGUCCUCCCAACUCGCGUCUCCGACCUUCUCCAGGAAAACCGGACCAGGAGGACGACCUCGCGAAGUCCGGAUGCUGGCGAGAGACUUUAUCCACGACAGCCUGUACAACCCCCAAUACGGGUAUUUCACAAAGCAGGCUGUGCUGCUGCCCGAUCCACCUUCAACCGUGGAGCAGUCUCAAAGAAACGGAGAGGUAAAGGAGGUAGCGGGCGAAAUGUACACCGAGGAGAUGGGGAUCCUUCGACCCGCCAACCCGGGUUUCGACUUCAACUCGAUCAGCAACGAGUCCGAGUUCAUGCGUAAAGUUGAAGAACGCUAUCAGCUGUUCGAAGAGCAGAUCGAGAUUCUGGUUCGAGAACGAGAGAACCUCGAAAACAAACCGGAGGCAAGGCAAGAGGCGAAGGGCAAAGCGGCGGCGGAGUACAGCGCAGCAGGACUGGAAGCGGCCCAACGCAGAGGUCGGGCUAUGCGUGCACGGGAGGGUGUCCAGGAAGCAGACGUCCAGUCGAUGGCGGCAAAGCAGGUGUGGCAUACACCGACGCAGAUCUUCCAACCUUACUACGCCGAGGCGAUAGCAAGGUAUCUGGUGGCAGAGUACAAGCUGCACAACUACCCGUACGACGAUCUGGUGGUGUACGAGCUGGGUGCUGGGUCGGGUGCGUUGGCGAAGGGUGUGUUGGACUACCUGGAGCAGAAGGAGCCGGAGAUUUACACGAGGACGCGCUACCGGAUUGUUGAGAUCUCGGAGAGGCUGGCGAUGGAGCAGAGGAGGAAGUUGGAGUCGCAUGGGGAGAAGGCGCAGGUGGUGAACCAGGAUGUUCUGACGUGGGAUCGAGGGGUGGUUCAGGAACCAUGCUUCGUCAUCGCGUUGGAGGUGUUUGACAAUCUGGCGCACGAUGUGGUCCGCUACUCGACGCGCGACUUUACGCCGUACCAAGGGGUCGUAUCCAUCGAUGACACGGGAGACAUGCACGAGCUAUGGGAACCUCUCUCCGAUCCAUUGAUCAAGCAGUACCUGUCCAUCAUCUCUCCCUCCCUCUCGCCCACCUCGACCACGUCUCCCUUCCUCCGCUCCCUACCCCCCUCCCUGCAACGCGCCAUCGCCACCCACACUCCCUUCUACCCCAACCUAUCCCAACCCAUCUUCGUCCCCACCAACGCCCUCCAACUCAUCUCCACCCUCAAACACAACUUCCCACAACACCGUCUCAUCAUGUCCGACUUUGACUCCCUCCCGGACGCUGUACCCGGCAUCAAUGGUCCUGUCGUCCAGACCCGCUACCGCUCUACGAUGAUCCCCGUUACCACCUACCUCGUACUUCAGGGUUUCUUCGACAUCUUCUUCCCCACCAACUUUGAUCAUCUCCGCAAAGUGUAUCGAAACAUCCUCAACUCUUCUUCUGAACAAGGGUUCUUCGAUCCACACUUUCACCCCCGGGGGCUCCACAGUCCAGCUGCCAACGGAACGGGCAGGGAGAGAAACUUGAAGGUUCUGCCUCAUGCGGAGUUUUUGCAGCGCUUCGCAGAGACCGAAAAAUUGCAGCUCAGGGAUGGAAGUAAUCCCCUGCUCGGCUGGUACGCUAAUGCGAGCUGGUUCUUGUCCUAG